AUGAUCAUAACACGCACGUUUUCAAAAUUCAACAAUGGCAACACCGAAGCACAAAAAGAAGAAGAAGAAGAAGAUUUGUGGUAUGAAGUUGGUGAUUCUCUAAGCUCCUCAAGUAAUACUCAUGGGAUCUUGCUUUUACGCCAUGAGUGUUCUCCUGAAAUUACUAAAAUAACCUUUUGUGACGGACAUGGAGGUAAUUUCAAACACCCGUCAUCUUCAUGCACUUUACCGGAAGAAGAUCAAGCCGACACUGACAACGAUGGAGCCACACCGGAGUUAACAGCUUUUUUUAAACCUGAUGAAGAAGAAGAAGAGGAAGAAGAAGAAGAAGAAAAAGAUUCAUUUUACAAAUCUUACACCGAAAGAGUAAACUGGUUUGAUCUUCUCAACCAAGAACGAACAUGUGCACUUCAGGCGCUUGUGGGGAAUAAUAAACGGCGUUUGGGUGGCGAUGAAAGAAUUUUAAAGAGCUUGGAAAGUGAUUUUGAGAUGGUGUAUGUGGCUCAAUCAUGUUUAUCAUGGGAAGCACUCCAUGAUCAAUAUAGAAAGCUUGAAGCUAUUGUUGAUUCAUGUGCUCAUGAUACUUGUACAUCGGAUUAUGGUGCAUUGUGUAGUAGUACUUUGGUACUUAAAUUUCAGAGGUUUCAGAUUCUGCUAGAGAGGUUUAUGGAGGAUGAAAGGUCUGAAAAUGGCAAAAGGUAUUGGAAUUUUAAUCAGAGAAGGUCUUCACUUAAGAGCCUACUACUAGUUCCUCAAGUUUCAGAAAAAGCAAACCACAAGAAAGAAGAAAGGAACGAAGAGCUAAUGAUGAGGGCGACGGAUGUGUUGAAAACCAUAGAGAAAUGCAUGAAGACUUUCAAGUCAUUUAUCGAAGUAGACAAGAAGAAACCUUGGUGGAGAACAAGUAACCAUCUUUCAUGGACUCGUUCACCAUUAGAAGACCCACGAGACUUCAAUCUCUUGCAUGAUCUUACACGUACAUUGCGACAGAAAGAGUUGUGGAUGAAGAAUUUAAAGGGAAAAAAGAGAUGUUGGUUGAGAAACAAAGUCACAGAUUUAGGAGAUUCUCAAAAGAAAGACAUGAUGUUUGCCAUGAUCGAGUUGAAGCUUGUGUCAAGAGUACUCAUGAUGUCAGUUAUAUCCACUCCUCAACUCCAUUGGUGCCAUCAGAAGCUCAAUAACAUAGAUCUCAACCAUGGUAAAAUCACAAGAUCAUGCUCUGGUCCUUUGCUAUUUCCCCCUUCUUGAAUGCUACAUCUAAUAUAAAUGUAUGUAUAGGGUUCAUGUUUCUUGCUUUAAAACUCUUUCGGGCAUAUAAUGAAACACCAAAAGGCAACCAUUUAUUCUUUUGUUGUUUACAAUACUUUUUGGGC